GCCUGCAUGUGUCAGCUGAUCUGGGAGGGCGUUUACUUGGAAUACGUCAACAACGUCCAUUUACCAACUAAAUAGUACUGUUAGAGGAAGUUGGUCCCUGCCAGGCCGUUUUAGCCUUUCUUGUCGUGUGAAUGAAAACCACAAGGACGGGUAACACUGCAAGUAUAAAAGAAGAUAAACGAAGACCCUACACCAUGGAGAGACAUUUAUUUUAAGAACAGAAGGUUCAUGUCUGGAAAGGUUUAGAGAGGAAUAAGAUCAGAGAGAAACAUUGAAGUGCCAUUGGAUAGAAUGGAAGCUAUGUUUAGGUAGCAACUUCAGCUGUGACUAAUUGGUUUUACACUGGUGGUGCAAGAGACGUUACAUUCUGCAAUGGACUUUACACAAUGGCUCAAUACUACGAUGUCUGGCAGUCAAAGAGACAUACAUUCGUAUGUUUUCUUGCCACGAAAUGGGUCUUGGGGAGAUGAACUAGAGGAUGUUGAUUGUCAGGAGGUAGGGAAGCUGAAUGUGUCACUACGUUGCUCCUUUGUCAGAACAACCUCAGAUUGCAAUGAUACUGAUGGAUACUUUAGUUACCUGGAAGGGGCAUUUUGCACAUUUUCCCCUCAGCUGUUCCCUCUGGCUAUCUUUUUAUAUGCCAUGUGGCUCAUCUACCUCUUUAUCAUCCUUGCUGUUACUGCAGAAAAGUUCUUUUGUCCUAACCUAUCUGCCAUCGCGUCCAGCCUCAGGCUUUCCCAUAAUGUAGCAGGUGUAACUUUCCUUGCAUUUGGAAAUGGUGCUCCCGAUGUUUUCAGUGCUGUGGCUGCAUUUUCUGACUCCAGGACAGCAGGAUUGGCUAUUGGAGCACUCUUUGGUGCUGGUGUGUUUGUCACAACGGUGGUGGCAGGAGGCAUUGCUUUCGUGAAGCCAUUCACAGCUGCUUCUCGUCCGUUCCUGCGAGAUAUUGUUUUUUACAUGUCUGCUAUAUUCCUCACCUUCUACGUGUUGUACCAAGGUUCUAUAAGCCUCGCUGAGGUACUGGUGUACUUGUUGUUGUACAUGGCUUAUGUCCUAGUGGUUGUCCUCUCCUCUUGGAUCUAUCGGAGGAUGCGGCAGAGUACAUUUUCUGCUCCAAAUUCAGAGGAGGCAGACCUCCUGACUGAGUCUGAAGAAGACCAUUUGUCUACACCUCAUGGCUCAGAGUUUGGUGAUGAGUAUCAGCCUCUAAGGCCCAUCCAGUACAACACAUGGCAGAUUCUUGUGGAAGCACUAAAUCCUAUGGAUUCUAGAAAGUGGAGGUUGAAACGUUGGCCGUGGAGGCUCUUCAAAUUAUUAAAGGUCCCCAUAGAGUUUUUACUUCUCCUCACUGUUCCUGUGGUGGACCCAGAUAAAGAAGAUCACAACUGGCAGAGACCCCUGAACUGCCUACAUCUCAUCCUUAGCCCUCUGCUCUGUAUAUUCACCAUCAAGUCUGGAACAUAUGCACUCUACUGUAUUCAGAAUGUGAUGCCAAUUUGGGCUAUUUUUCUGAUAGUAGGAUUUUUGUUGGCCGCUAUUGUUUUCUUCACAACCAAGAACGGAGAGCCUCCAAAAUAUCACUGUGUUUUUUCUUACUUGGGCUUUGUGGUCAGUGCGCUUUGGAUCAAUGCUGCAGCAACAGAAGUUGUGAACCUGUUACACACAUUUGGUGUGAUCUUCCGUCUCAGUAACACUGUACUCGGAUUAACCCUGCUUGCCUGGGGAAAUAGUAUAGGGGAUUUUGUUUCUGACAUCACACUGGCUCGGCAGGGGUACCCUCGUAUGGCAUUCUCAGCCUGCUUUGGUGGCAUCAUCUUCAAUGUCCUGAUUGGGAUUGGAUUAGGAUGCCUUCUGCAAAUGAAUCUAUCCAAUGCAGUUUUACAGCUGGAGGCCCCAGGUCUGUUGGUGUGGGUCCUGGCAGGUGGUCUUGGUGCCAGCCUAAUCUUUUCCUUGGUGUCGGUGCCUGCUCAGUGCUUCCAUCUACGCCGCACAUAUGGUUUUGCUCUGUUCUUCCUCUAUGCAGUCUUCCUGACUAUAGCCCUAUUAACAGAGUUUGGGGUUCUCAAAAUGACACCGACUUUACAGUGAGGGACUAAGAUGCGAGAGAUAAUUGCACCCAGAAAAUGUCACGCUUGUGAUGCUGCUACUUUUACCUCCUAUCCCUUUAACUAUUUUCAUUGCCAUGUUAUCAACUCAGGUUAAAUAUUUUAAGUAUAUUUUAAUUUUUGUGUAUAUAUAUAUUUGUUUUUGUU